UUUAAAAAUCCUCGCUGUUUUAAAAAACGUAAUCCACCUUUGCCUUAUUUUGCAAAUGUAAAAGCUUGGAUGACGUCAACAUUGUGGUCUGAAAUUAUUCAGGAACUUGAUAAUGAUAUGGUCGCCAAAGACAAAAAUAUUUUACUCUUCGUUGACAACGCUUCUUGUCAUAAAAUAAACUUCAAACCUCGCAACAUAGAAAUAGAAUUUCUCCCACCUAACACUACUGCUUUGAUUCAACCCCUUGACCAGGGCAUUAUACACGCAUUCAAAGCAGAGUAUAGGAAAAUUCUUGUUCGAAAACAGAUAAGUGCAAUUGAACGUGGAGUUCCACUUCAAACUUAUAUUAAAUCAAUAUCUAUAUUGGACGUUCUGCAUUAUAUCAAAAGGGCUUGGUGGUUAGUGAAGCCUGAAACAAUUUGUAAUUGUUUCAAGAAGGCAGGAAUUUGUAAUACAAACGCAGAUGUGGUAAGCUGCGAAGUUGAGCUUGGUAUUUUGGAGGAAAUACCAAACACCGAAGAAUACAUACAUUGCGAUGACGAGCUUCAAUGUAGAGGACUUCUUACAGAUGAACAAAUUGUUGCGAACCUGUGCGAUGUGCCUUCAUCUGAUAUCAGUAGUGGAGAUGAAAACUCAGAAGAGAAUCAUGAUGUCUCAAAAGCCACUAGUGUUAAGGAGUAUACACUUUCUAAGAUGCGCCCAAAAGGUCUGACUCAAGCUGAGAUUGAAAGAUUUGCCAACUUUGAUUGGGAUGAUUCGGCUGACAAUGAAAUUGAAGAAAAAGAAGAUCAAAAUAUGGAGGAAAUUAUAGAGGAAACAUUGAAAAAUCUAGAUAACAGAGCUAAAAAUGUGGAAGUUGGUUUGAUUGACCAAAUUAUUGGAAGCAAAGAUGAUGAAGAUUUGAAUGAAAAUGAAAUCGUUGCACAGGAGGUAAUGGAAAAAAUUAAUUUCAAUAGUUUGAAGUGGAGUAGUGCUGAGUUUAUGAAAUGUGAGACCACCUGGAAAAAUAAAUUAUGCAGCAAUGCGGUGAAAAAACCCAUAGAAUAUUUUAGUACUUUCUUUACGGAUGAACUGUGGCUGAAAAUAUGUGAGGAAACGAAUUUAUAUGCCAUGCAAACAAAAGGAAUACAAUUGUAA